AUAAUGUUUAACACUGACUUACACGCAUGCGCAGUUAUUGCAUUCCAAGCAAAGCUUCAUUGACAACAAAAUCGUUUACAGUGUUGGAGAAAUUUUUAAAAUCAUUUCAAAAUGAUGCUCUCACGUGCAAAGCCGGCCAUUGGGCCUGGCUCUACAACUCCUGCCAAAGAAGCAGAUAAAAAGAAGAAAAAAAUACCAAAAGUUGAAGACUUCUUAAACCUUAGGGACUACACUGGAGCAAUAACACUUUUAGAAUUUAACAGAAACAGUGGUAGAGGAAAUGAUGAAACUGACAUGUGGAUAGCCUACUGUGCAUUUCAUUUGGGAGAUUAUAAGAGGUCUAUGGAGGAGUAUAGCAGAUUGACAAAGAAGGAUGGCUGUCAUCCAGACCUGUGGACAAAUUUGGCAUGCUGUUAUUUUUUCUUAGGAAUGUAUCCAGAGGCUGAUGGAGCAGUCCAAAAAGCGGUUGUUCCUUUUGACAUGUAUUGUCCUAAAAGCCGAUUACAGAACAGAUUGCUAUUCCAUUUAUCACACAAGUUCAGUGAUGAGAAACGAUUGAUGGGCUUCCAUCAGAACUUACAAGACAUAAUAGAAGAUCAGUUAUCCCUAGCAUCUAUACACUAUCUCAGAAGUCAUUAUCAAGAGGCUAUAGACAUAUACAAACGUAUUCUCUUAGAUAACAGAGAUUUCCUGGCAUUAAAUGUAUAUGUUGCUUUAUGUUACUACAAGUUAGACUACUAUGAUGUGUCACAAGAAGUUUUAGCAGUAUAUUUACAACAGUACCCAGACAGUGCUAUAGCAUUGAACCUGAAAGCCUGUAAUCAUUUUAGAUUAUACAAUGGAAAGGCUGCAGAGGCAGAAUUAAAGAGUUUACAGGAAAUGGCCUCACCAUCAUUUGUGUUUGCUAGAGAUCUCAUAAAACAUAAUCUGGUUGUAUUCCGUGGAGGAGAAGGAUCAUUACAAGUAUUACCUCCCCUGAUAGAUGUCAUCCCUGAAGCCAGACUUAAUUUAGUUAUUUAUUACUUAAAACAAGAUGAUGUAACAGAAGCAUACAACUUGAUUAAAGACUUAGAGCCAACAACCCCACAAGAAUACAUAUUAAAGGGUGUGGUAAAUGCUGCUUUAGGACAAGAAUCUGGAUCAAGAGAACAUUUGAAGAUAGCUCAGCAGUAUUUCCAGUUAGUGGGUGGCUCAGCCAGUGAAUGUGUUAAUGUCUCGCCUGCUAUGAGAGGGGCUGAAGAUACCAUCCCAGGCAGGCAGUGUAUGUCAUCCUGUUUCUUUUUGUUAAAACAGUUUGAAGAUGUAUUGAUAUAUUUAAACUCUAUUAAGAGUUACUUUUACAAUGAUGACACUUUCAACUUUAAUUAUGCUCAAGCCAAGGCAGCUGUAGGAAACUUUAAAGAGGCAGAAGAGGUGUUUUUAUUGAUACAAAGUGAGAAGACAAAGAAUGACUACACAUAUCUCAGUUGGUUAGCAAGAUGUUAUAUAAUGAACAGAAAGGCCCGACUAGCCUGGGAGUUGUACCUGAAGAUGGAGACAUCAGGAGAAUCAUUUAGUUUGUUACAACUUAUAGCUAAUGAUUGUUACAAGAUGGGGCAAUUUUACUAUGCAGCUAAGGCAUUUGACGUAUUAGAGAGACUAGACCCUAAUCCUGAGUACUGGGAAGGCAAGAGAGGGGCUUGUGUGGGUGUUUUUCAGAUGAUUAUAGCUGGACAUGAACCUAGGGAUACAUUACGUGAUGUCAUCAACAUGUUACGGAACACCAGUAAUCCACAAGUAGAGUACAUUGUACGGACCAUGAAGAAAUGGGCCAAAGACAACCUAGUCCCUCUGCCUUGAGGUGUUCUUGUUAACUGUGAUAUUUAAUUGUUGAACACUGUUUUAUUUGGGAGACUUACUGUAAAAGAUUUAUAUUCAAAUUCAUGUUACCACAUUGUUCUAAACCUUGAAAACAUUUGGGUAAUGAAGAUCUUAUCUUACUUCAUUUUUUUUGUCAAUACACAUCUACUUCAACAUAGACAUACAGCAAUUAAGUAACUAUGCAGUUUCAAUGUUGUAACAGAUUUUUUUUCAAGGUUCAGUGAUAGCAAUAAAAUGAAGAAGUGAGGGCAGAAAAAUUAAGCAGAUAUUACUUGGUUUUUGUAUGAUCACUUAUGAAAAUUGACAAAAAAGGGUAAUCAAUUUAUUUAAAGACCUUUCAAAAAAGAAUUUUUCAGUAUUUUACAAAAUGAUAAUUGCGACUUUUUGAGUACCGUAGUAAAAAUAAUAUCCAUUGAUUUUACUAAUACAAAGCUGUGAUGCUGUAAUAUUCUUGUUUAUUGUGCAUUUGUUUUAUAUAAAAGCAGACCAAUAGAAAUUUUUCUGUCAUACUUCCCUUGGAAUUUUUGUUUUAGCAAUGAAUACCUCUACCAUUUAUAAAGCUAAAGAUGAUAUAAUUAUGAUGAUCUACUAAAAUGCAGUAUACAGAGACAAUUUGCUUGGCUGAAACCUAUUUUUAAACAUACAAUAACUGCAUGGGUGUUUAUUAAUGCUUGUGCACAUAUUACAAAGAUAAUAUGUUUUUUUAAAGAAAGGUUAAGCUGCAACACAAUACUAACAGUGCCUGAAUGUUUAUAUCCCCAAUCAGCUUCAGUCUUUUAUGGACCUUUUCAGAGAUAGUACUCAGUUCACCUCAGCUAUGGAGACAUUUAACUUAAAAGGCGUUAUUUUCAUUUCUCAUGGAACAAGAACAAAUCUUGAUAAACUAAUACAAUUCAUAAAAAUGGCAUUCUUUGUAAGAAGUAUAAAUUUCUUUUGUUUUCUUGUUUGUUAAUGAUGUAUGUUGUAUUUAAAAUUCUGUCUUUUCAAGGUUCUUAUACUUGUGCUAAUUGUUUGAGUUCCUAUUUUUGGGUUCUAAAACUACAAAUAUGUUAAAGCGAUGCAAUUUUUACAAAACUCAAGUACGAAACUUAAAGCUUACAGUAGACAUUUUAUAUUCCUCCAUAAAAAAUAUAUACCCAGUAGAUAAUGUGUCAUACAAGAACAAGAAAUAUAAAAUGUAAAAUGCUAUUUGGUAUGUUUUAAGUCCGUCCUUACAUGAUGUAUAUUGAUAUUUUUAUACUAUUUAUGAUGCAUUCCAUUUGUAUAAUAGAUGUUAAAUUUAAAAUAUGAAUUUGUACAGUAAAAUAAAAUAUUUAUGAAGCUCUA